GUGAAAGAUCAGUUCUUAUACACUUAAGUGGGGGGGGGGGGUCGUUAAACAUUUAAGCCAAACAUGGGGACUCUGAGCAAUAGGGGUGUCACUGAGAGUGUUGGAGAUGGAUAGAAGGGAUUUAUUAUAAUCCACAGGUCAUCUGCCCUAGGUCUGUAAUGCAUCACUCCUUCUGAUACUAUGCCUGAGUGGAUUACUAGUGUUCACUACUUCACUCUCACUACUAAGGUCCACUCUGAAUUUCACUUUCAACGUGGUUUUCCAGUUCAGUGUUACGGAAUGUCUCAUAGGGGGAACAUCACUGGAUUUAAGAGACCUUAGUGUUGUACUAAAAUGGAUAUUGGGCCUUUUGGGGAAUGGACAGCGUUUGAGGGAUAGUGGAUUGUGGGAUCUGCUGGAGAAGGCAUCUUGCAAUGCUCCGGCAGCUUUACCAGAUUCACAGUUCACUGCAUGAGUGGGCAUCAACCUAUCUGACAACCCCAGUCCUCACAGAAGCCAAGUUCCCCUCCCCUCCGCAUGGAGCCUGGCUGCUGUGGUUCCUGCUGGCAUCCCUAAGUGUGCCCUGUGCAGCUAGAUCUACUUCUACUGUGUUCAAGGUAGGGGUGGUAGGACCGUGGAAAUGUGACCCUCUGUUUGCUAAGGCACUGCCCCAGACGGCAGCGCAGCUAGCUGUGGAGAGGAUCAACAAUGACCCCUCACUGUCCCUGGGCACCACCUUCGAGUACGUCAUCAUUGACGAGGACUGCCAGACAUCCAUGGCACUCAAGGGUUUCUUAGGUCACUACUCACGGGCUAAUGCCUUCCUGGGCCCUGUCAACCCUGGCUACUGUGAUGCAGCGUCUUUACUGGCCAACAACUGGAACAAGGCCCUGUUCUCUUGGACCUGUGUGAACUACGAGCUGGACGACCGAAGUAGGCACCUUACUUUCGCCCGCACGGUGCCCUCGCCCACCUGGGUGCUGCUCAGCCUGGUGAGACACUUCCGCUGGGCACACAUAGGGAUCAUCUCCUCGGCUGAGGAUGUGUGGGUGGACACAGGCAGCAAGGUCGCUGACGCUCUGCGGAGCUACGGCCUCCCUGUCACCACCGUGGUCUCCACAGACAAGGACCCUGCCAGCAUACGACAGGCUCUGACUAGGGUCAAGAGGGCAGAAAACAUCCGCAUGGUGAUCCUCUGCAUGCACUCUGUGCUGAUUGGAGGACACAUCCAGAGGUUGCUGUUGGAGACUGCUCUGGACAUGCACCUGACGGACGGUUCCCUGGUGUUCAUCCCCUACGACACACUGCUCUACAGCCUGCCCUACAGGGAUGUCCGCUACCCAGCCCUCAUCAACAACGGCAAGCUGCGAAGAGCAUACGAUGCUGUCCUGACCGUCACCAUGGACUCAGAGGAGAACUCAUUCUACAAGGCCUACCAGAAGACUGUGAAUGUUGGGGGGGUUCCCAGACACAUUAAGCUCCACCAGAUUUCUCCUCUGUUUGGUACCAUCUACAGCUCGAUCCUCUUCAUGGCUAACGCUCUGCAGAAUGUUCGUGAUGCUGGGGAGUGGAGGUCUGGAGCCAACCUGGUGCGCCACUCCAGGAACAUGGCUUUCUAUGGUUUCAGCCAGCGUGUCCGCACCAAUGGCUCCGGGGCCAGCUUGUUGAAGUAUGUGGUGCUGGACACAGAUGGGCAGUCCUGGCCUCUGCUGCCCACCCACUGUGUGGACCUGGAGGCUGGGAUGGUGAUGUCUCUAGGCCGCAGCAUCCACUUCCCAGGGGGGGUCCAGCCCAGCCCAGACUCUAGCUGCUGGUUCAUUCCAGGCACCUUAUGCACAGGAGGAGGAGUGGAUCCAUUCCAUCUAAUCAUAGUCUUCCUGUGUAUCCUUCUGACCAGUAUCUUCUCAAGUGGACUCUACUACUGUAUAAGGAGGCGUAUCAACCAGAUCAGUUUAGUCAGAGGUCCUGGCAAGAUCAUGCUAACCCUGGAAGAUGUGAUCUUCAUCAACCCCUCACUCAGUAAUAAGAAGCUAAGUUUAGAUGAGAGCAAAGUGGGUGAUAUGAGUAGGAAACCCUCAGAUACGGAUCGUCAGAGCCUCUCUACUCCCUUCUCUGACUCCACCGUCACCCCGGCAACCUAUGCAAACUCCAACAUAGCCAUCUUUGAGGGAGACUGGGCUUGGAUGAAAAGACUCCCGUCUGGAAACUUUAAAGCCAUAACUCCCCAGACCAGUGACGUCUUUGAGUUGAUGAAGGACAUACGACACGAGAACGUCAACCUCUUCUUGGGGUUUUUCCUUGACUGUGGUGUUUUCGGCAUCAUGACAGAGUAUUGCUCACGUAGCAGCUUGCAGGACUUGCUAAGCAAUACUGACGUUAAGCUGGACUGGAUGUUUAAGACCUCCCUGUUAUUGGACCUUAUCAAGGGCAUGAAGUACCUCCACCACCGAGGUGUUUGUCACGGACGACUCAAGUCUCGGAACUGCGUAGUGGAUGGCCGCUUUGUGCUCAAGCUCACAGACUACGGCUACAACAAGAUUUUGAUGGCACAAAGGUUCUCAUACGAAGAUCCCUCCGCAGAAGAGCUGCUGUGGACGGCCCCUGAGAUCCUACGGGGCCCUCACCCAGGGCUGUGCGGCACCCAGCUAGGGGACGUCUACAGCUUCGCCAUCAUCAUGCAGGAGGUGGUGCUGCGGGGACCUCCCUUCUGUAUGCUGGACCUGUCUGCUGAAGAUGUCAUCCAGAAGGUGAGGAAUCCUCCACCACUGUGCCGCCCUGUGGUGUCACCAGACCACGCCCCCCUGGAGUGUAUCCAGCUGAUGAAACAGUGCUGGAACGAACAGGCAGAUAGGCGGCCGCACUUCAAUGACAUCUUUGACCAGUUUAAGAACAUCAACAAAGGGAGGAAGACCAACAUCAUAGACUCCAUGCUGCGGAUGCUGGAGCAGUACUCCUCUAACCUGGAGGAGCUGAUCAGAGAGAGGACUGAGGAGCUGGAGAUAGAGAAACUGAAGACUGAGAAACUACUCACUCAGAUGCUGCCUCCAUCUGUUGCAGACGUCCUGAAGGUUGGCGGUACCGUGGAACCGGAGCAUUUUGAAAAUGUAACACUUUACUUCAGCGACAUAGUAGGUUUUACCACAAUCUCUGCCAACAGCGAGCCUAUCGAAGUGGUGGACCUCCUCAAUGACCUAUAUACUCUAUUUGACGCCAUCAUUGGCAAUCAUGAUGUAUACAAGGUGGAGACAAUAGGAGAUGCAUACAUGGUGGCGUCCGGCCUACCUGUUCCCAAUGGAAACCGUCAUGCUGCAGAGAUAUCCAGCAUGGCCCUGGACAUCCUGAGUGCUGUUGGCACCUUCAAGAUGAGACACAUGCCGGAUGUACCUGUUCGCAUACGCAUUGGACUGCACUCAGGCCCGUGUGUUGCUGGGGUGGUAGGCCUCACCAUGCCCAGGUAUUGUCUGUUUGGUGACACAGUCAACACUGCCUCCAGGAUGGAAUCCACAGGAAUGCCAUACCGAAUCCAUUUGAGCCAUAGCACAGCAAAGAUCCUGGUGGAUCUGAGAGAAGGCUACCAGGUUCAACUUCGUGGAAAGACAGAGCUCAAGGGGAAAGGAAUGGAGGAGACCUACUGGCUGGUUGGAAGGGACAGUUUCACCAAACCGCUGCCUGUGCCACCUGAGCUUAAGUCAGGGCAAAUGGCUCAUGGCUUGCAGAUGGAAGAGAUCAACCGACACAAGCGGAAGAAAGCGGAACAACAACAACUUGCCAAGAAGAAUAAAUGAUGUAGAGUUCUGCAUGAAAAAUGUAUAGCAUUACAAGGUGUUCAUGACUAGAGUAGUAUCUCAGUGGGAUACUCAGUACUUACACUGAUUGCCUUUUUACUCUUCCUGGAUUUUUUCUGCUGAGGAUCUUGCUAACAGCUGACUAACAUUGUGUUCUUUCAAACUUAAACGGAGCGCAAGUGGGACUCUCUCUUCAGCAAUGACAGUUCAAUGGGAAAAAGGCCACAGGCUUUAUGAACUGAUGUCCCACAUCCUUCUUGCUGUUUUUCAGAACGAAGACAGCGAAGGAGUUAAAGCAUCUCCUGCAGAAAGCGGUGAGGAGGCUCUUUACUGUGCGGACAGUGACUCUGACUCUGGCAGCAGGUUUGGACGAGGACAAUGUGAUGAUGCAUCAUCACUGAAAUGGUUCUUUGCAAGAAACACCUCUAGUGAAACCUGGAUACUCUCUCUCCACGUGUGUUUGCCAUUUUGACAAUCAAGGACUUUUUUUCCCAGCCAUGGCUCGAUACUCUUCCUAUAGAAAUGAGAGUUUGAAAAGUCAUUGCCACAGACCAUAGCAUGUUGUGCAUGAGCAGGAAAGGGACAAAGGUAUAUGUAAAGCUAUGAGCCGCUACUAAGCAAUGGAAGUUUUUAGAAAUAGACAAUGCCUCAUUAGGACAUGGUGAGUUGGCAUUACCGUACACCAUACAGUUGGCAUCAGUGGACAUAAUACUACAUCACAAUAUACUGUAGAGAUUAUUCUACAAUCUUCAUAAGAAGCCCUUCAAAGAGGAAGUUGUCUCUGGAGAAGGAGCUAUAAAUAGCACAUGGGAAUUCGUCACUGAGCCGUAAAGGUAUCACAUUUUCUCACCUGCCCCUCACCCCAGUUGUCCGUUUCUUCAAGCAGACAGCAAGUAGAAGAUAAGUCACUGGUACAGGAGGAAGAAAACACUCUCUACAGUGAUUCUCAGUGAAAAGAAAAACAAUGUUUUGACCCAGUUGCAUGAUUUAGCAUACAAUCUCUUAUUCAUCUUGAGAGCAUGUGUUCUUCUCCUGUGCUCAAAUAAACAAACAAACAAACAAACGUGGGGCAAAUAUCUAAUAACAUACAAGAGUUAUAUAAGGGUUGUACAUGUCUAUAGUAUUUAUUUACCUGUUCAUCUGUAAAUAUGAUAGAGUAUUGCAACGAGAAACUGAAUCUAUGUUUCAUGAACCUACUAUGCAGUUGUAGCUGUCUCUAGCCGAUCCUACUGAGCCGUCUGAAAUGCUUCUCUAUAGGUUGUUCAUUUGAGAUGAGAAAACAGUGGUUUUACCUAUCAUCACCAUCUGCAUCUCAAUAAAUGGAAUUUGAAUUGCCAAUGGUUGGUUUUGUCACACAGUGCUUGAGAUGGUGGGCCCUGCAAGUACAAUAUCUGGUGAUGCAACAAUGCAAUAAAAGGCUGUGUAGAGGAAUAAAUAAAACAUGUAUCAAAUGUA